AUGUCAGCCAUUUUGCCCUCUUUUCUGAGCUUUGUGUUCGGUAUCUUUGAGCCGAUUUCCAUCCUGGCAGGCGCAACCUACGCCUUUUCCUACACGGAGGACUUUGUCUCACAACAGCUCGGUCCAGUCACGGUUCCAGAAACCCUUAGCCCGGCACAGUACGUUGUUGCUCAUCAACUAGGAAAUACCUAUGUUCUCUUGAUGUUUUUGGCUGUGGGAAUCAUCCACGCGACUACUGAGCCCGCCGUCGUGCGCAAUUACCUCUUCUCGGUUAUGCUGUGCGAUUUUGGCCAUGUCUUUGUCUGCUACCGAGCCAUGGGGUACGAGAAGUUUUUUGAUGUCUGGAACUGGAAUCCCUUGACUUGGGGAAACGUGGGCAUUUCUGUCUGUUAUUUCUUUCUGCGUGCGUCCUACCUGAUUGGGCUUUGGGGUCCGCCGCGAGUUGCCUCUCUGAAGCAAAAAUCUAAGUUGAACUAG